AUGUCUCUUCUGAUUUCAGGAAUCCCAUCUUCUUCUCCUGCUCAACAACGGAGCCACGUUGCUCAACGCCGGUCUGGAAAUUUUCAUCCGAACAUAUGGGGGGAUUACUUUCUCAAAUAUACUUCUGACUCCAACUCAAUGAGUUCUCAGGGAAUAGCAGGGGAACGAAUUGAGAGAUUGAGAGGAGAAGUGAGAAAGAUGUUGACAGGUGAUAUGGAUAAGCCUUCGCGGAAAUUGAACUUGAUUGAUCAAAUCCAACGCUUGGGACUUGCCUACCACUUUGAAAUCGAGAUAGACGAGCAGCUGGAACAAAUCCACAAAAGCUAUUUUGAAUUUCACCGUGGUGAUAAUGAUGAUGACCUACACACGACUGCUCUUCUCUUUCGAUUGUUGCGACAACAAGGUUACAAUGUUUCAUGUGAAAUCUUUAACAAGUUCAAGGACGAUGAAGGGAAUUUUAGCAAAUCGCUCAUCGUGGACGUGCAGGGAUUGCUAAUUCUGUUCGAAGCUUGCCAUCUGGGGUUUCAUGGUGAUGAUAAUUUGAACGAUGCACUUUCUUUUACUGUAACUCACCUUGAAUCAAUUGACAAAGGAAAAGUAAGCCGUAAUCUCGAAAAAGAAGUGCGUCAUGCCCUAAACCAGCCAAUCCACAUGGGACUGCCAAGGAUAGAGGCGAGACAUUACAUUCAACUCUACCAAGAGGAGCCUUCGCAUAAUGAAGUCUUGCUCUCCUUGGCUAAACUCGAUUUCAACUUAUUGCAAGAGCAACACCAGAGGGAACUCGGCAACAUUACAAGGUGGUGGAAGGAUUUAGAUGCGGAGAGGAAGUUCCCAUUUGCUAGAGAUAGGCUAGUGGAGCUGUAUUUCUGGAUGUUAGGAGUUUAUUUUGAGCCAGAGUACAAAGCCACCAGAGAAAUACUAACCAAAGUGAUGGUGAUUGUUAACAUAUUUGAUGACGUGUAUGAUGUCUAUGCCACAAUGGAAGAACUGGAACUCUUCACGGAAGCAAUUGAAAGGUGGGAUGUCGAUGCCAAAGAUGGAUUGCCAGAGUACAUGCAAGUGUGUUACAAGACACUUCUUGAUUUGUAUGAUGAAAUUGGCUACGAAGUGACUAGAAAAGGACAAUCAUAUCGCCUCUUCUAUGCAAAAGAAGUGAUGAAAAACCAUAUGAGAGCAUACCACGCUGAAGCCAAAUGGUUCCACCAAAACCACGUACCAACGAUGGAGGAGUACAUGCCCAUUGCAUCAGUAUCCAUAGGUUGUAAAUUGCUAUUAGGGACGUCGUUUCUGGGAAUGGGGGAUAUCGUAACAAAAAAUCAUUUCGACUGGUUACUAUUCAGCGACCCCAAGAUGGUGAAGGCUUCGAAUGUAGUCUCUCGGCUCAUGAAUGACAUUGCCUCACAUAAGUUGGAGCAAGACAGAGGGCAUGUGCCAUCUUUAGUGGAGUAUUUCAUGAAACAAUACAGAGUUACGGAGCAAGAGGCUAAGGAGGCUCUCCAUAAACAAGUGGUUGACGGAUGGAAAGACAUGAACGAAGAGCUGCGCCAUCCGACCGUCGUCCCCGAGUUUCUCCUCGUGCGAAUUCUCAAUUUCGCACGAGUCUUCAAUGUGGUGUAUAACGAUGGAACAGAUCACUUCUCUCUUGCUGGAACCAAGUUCAAAGAGCUUGUGACUUCCCUUCUCGUCGAUCCAUUACCAAUGUGA